AUGGAAGAAGCAUCAACCUGGGUGGUGUCUGAUGAGAAGUCCAACAUCCUCAAAUCCCUAACUUUUGCCGUUGCCAUGUCCUUCCACUCGCUUCUGGAAGGUUUUGCCCUUGGCGUUCAAGACACUACUGGCCGAAUUUAUGCCCUUUUUUUCUCUCUACUUCUUCAUAAGAGCGUAGAGGCAUUCUCAGUGGGUCUUCAGAUUUCAAUGGCUAACUCGAAUAAAAUAAAAACCGUACUCGCCACCAUUCUAAUCUACAGUCUUAUGGCUCCAAUGGGCUCCAUUAUCGGAUCGGUUCUCCAGAAUUCCGAAACCAAUAUCUAUAAGGACUGUGCAAUUCUGCUUCUAGAAUCUCUGGCAGCUGGAACAUUCAUUUAUGUGACGUUUAUUGAAAUUAUGGCUUCCGAGAAAUCCAAUGAUUUCAAUCAUUUAAAACAGUUGCUUUGGAUUAUCAUUGGAUUCGCUUUGGUCACGCUAAUGCAGAUUUUCUUCGGCCAUGAGCACUCCCAUGAGGGUCAUGGGGGACAUGGAAAUGGUACCGAUGAUGGGCACCAUGGUGCCCAUCAUCACCAUGGACGUUAA